AUGUGCCAAGUGGGCCACCUCGAUCCCAGCAGCCACCGAACGGUGCUGAUGAAAACAGGGCUCAUCCUCCUCAUCAUCGGCCACCUCAGCUUCAUCACCGGGGCCCUCGUCCACGGCACCGUCCUGCGCUUCGUGGUCACGGCCCGCGAUGUCACCUCCCUGCACUACGGUGUCACCAACAGCGCCUCUGCGGUCACUGCGCUGCUGACCAUCUCCUGUGGAGUCUCUGCCCUGCUGCUGGCCCGUUACCUCGGCUCUGCUGCCCUCAAAUGGGCGCUGCUGGCCCUGAGCGCCUGCAGCAGCCUGUGCUGCCUGUGCUGCCUGCUGGGGCUGCUCGUGGCCAUCGGGCUGACCCUGGACAACCAGGGCCGGGUGUUGCUGGCCCCCUGCUCCAUCGGCAGCAUCGCCCUCGCCCCGGUCUCCCAUGAGUGCCCCUUCGAUCCCACCCGUGUCUACAGCUCCACGCUGUCCCUCUGGGCCAUCUCCCUCCUGCUGGAGGCCAUGGAGAUCUUCUUCAGCAUCCGCUGCCUCCUGCUCACCCUGGAGCUCCUCCGCCUCGGCCGCUGCUGCCGCGGGACGCUCCGGAUGAAGGUCUCUUUGCAGGCAGCCCCUGCGGAGAGCCCUGGCCCCGGGCAGUGCCUGGGCCUGCUGAGACUGGACAGUGUGGAAAUUGCCCGGCUCUGA